GUGACGACACCAAGCGGCUAGUCCAAUCGUGCCUGAGCGUGUGGGGAGCCUUGGAGUUCCCUGUAUGGCACUGGCAUGGUAGCGGGGCUGAGGUGCCGGUGUCAGUGAGCGGCGGACAUGUCCGUGCUGUACGUGCUGACCUGGCGCCUCCUGCACCUGCUGCUCAGCGUCCAGCGGGCACUGCUGGCAUGGCUCCGACUGUGGCACUGGAGAGUGUGGCGUGCAGCCGGUGCCCUCCUCUUGCCCCCUGAUAUCGCCUACCAGGAGCGGGGGCCGCUGGUUGACUGUAAGUUCCCCCGGCGCGAGUGUGUGCGCUGUGACUGCGCCAACCUGCAGCGGGACCGGGCACAGCUCAGCAAGGUGCCCCUACACAUCGGACUGCUGAUCAGCGAGGAGCACGAGAGCUACACGGACGUGGCCAGCCUGGUGCUGUGGUGCAUGGCACUGGGCAUCUCCUAUGUCAGCGUCUAUGACCCGCAAGGGAUCUUCAAGCAAAACAGCUCCCGACUUCUGGAUGAAGUACUGAAGCAGCAGAAGGAGGAGCGCUCCCCGUAUCCACUCAAAUAUGCGAAUGGCAGCACCGACAGGACGGAUAAAGCUUUUCUCCAUUUGCCUGUGCUAAAGGUGCUGUCUCCAGAGGACGGGAAGCCAAACAUGGUGAAAGCUGCUCAGAAUUUUUGUCAACUAGUAGCAGACCGACAGAAGACACCGGCAGACUUGGAUGUAGAUGCCUUCGACCACCUUUUAAGAAGUACACACAACUUUCCAGACCCUGAUCUAAUAUUAAAAUUUGGCACUACCAGUAGCACAUUAGGUUUUCUGCCAUGGCAUAUAAGACUUUCAGAAAUUAUUUCUCUACCAUCCCAUGUUAAUAUCCAAUAUGAAGACUUUUUCCAUGCUCUCCGUUGCUACGCGGGCUGUGAGCAGCGGCUUGGGAAGUGACCUCGCUUUCUUUUGGGCCGGUUCAAGCUUCCUCCAAAAGGGACUCAAUGCAUCUGUUUACAAGCAAUCUGUGAUUCAGUCAGUCCAGUUCACAGUUUGUACCCCGGAUACGGUUUUGUCAUUUGCCAUAGACCUGGUUAUAAUGGUGUCUCUAUAGCGCACAGUGUUCACAGCUCUUCUGGAAGAGGAUCUGCAAAGAUGACUGAGUCAUGGACAGUGGUGCUGCGAUGCUGUUUAGGAGUCUACUGUUCACCCUGCUCAUCAACCUGACGUGCCAGUAGAAUAUCCAGUAUUGGGUGCAUUAUUGGUGACCACCUGGGUCAUCAUCCGUCCAGCUGCUGUCGUGGUAUGGACAGAAUUGCGGAUGCGCAUUGUACAGGGGCUGCGUAUAGUUCACCUCCGUAAUAACAGGAUAUUCUGUGUUCUGCAGCACCAAAUCUAUCUCAUGUGAGAGAUUUUCCUAACCUUCUCAUCAAGUAUAUUCAAAUAGAAAAUUAUACAAGCAAAUCCCAGGUCAAAUAUAUUAACUACUACAGGUACUGAGAACUUGAAUAGGUCUUCUAAGAAUUUGCACUGAAAUUACAUGUCAGCACACAUUGUAUUAUUUAUUUGUUAAUAUAUUCCAGAUAUUAUUUUUAUUUUUUUUAAGUAAGGGUUUUUAAAAAAAAAAAUUGCCGGCUUGAUAUACAUGGAUCAUCUUACUCAUGUAUUCUAGAGCAAUGCUCUUUAUAUUCAUUUUGAGAAUUAAAGGGAGUCCUUAAAAAUCAUUUUUUUUUUUUUUUUUUAUAUAUUUUUUUUUUUUCAGGGUAAGCAUACCACCAUGUAGGGUGGGGUGCCCCCGAAUCAUGACCAUACCAUUCUUGUGAAAAUCCAGUCCUGUAAUCCUGGGAAAUGCAUGGUAUUUUUAUGCAAAUUAGGUAUCCAGUGCAAUAUGAACAGGGCUGACGCUGCCCAAUCCUUAGGCAGGUGCACAUUAUGGAGCAGCCCUGCCCACGGUGCACAUUUAAACUGUAUUUGCAUAAUAAUGAAAAUAAACUAUUCCCAGGAUUAGAGGACCAGAUUUCAACAAGGUGAGGUGUGGUUAUAUUUCGUGGCACCUACCCUACAUUGCGGUAUGCUUAUUUUGAAUCUGAGUUUGGAGGUGACAAGCUCCUAUGUAAUAAUUAGUCUGAUGCUGUUGUUCUGAUACACGAUCCUUAAAAAAAAUAAAAAAAAUAUGGAAAGUAGACAGAAUAUAUCCGGCCAUAAAGUCCAGUCUCCAGCCGUGGAGCAUUACCAACCUGAGUAAAACUGAAAGACUUCCUUGUGCCAAUUGCAGGGCAUGAGGGCUGGUUGUAUGACUCUGUGGCAUUCUUUAAGUCCUGGUGUCAUGCACUUCCCUUUCAGGCCCUGCACUUGGUAUAACACAAUUGUGACUAAGUGAUUGAAAAAAAAAUCAUCCUGCUGCGCCUCUUCUGCUGGUGUGGCAUCUAAAAAUAUGCACUGCCAACACAUGAACUGAAUCUGGGAGACACAUCCAGAUCUGCAUAUGUUGCCUCCAGCCAGUGACUUUUUGCUGCCCAAUGGCCUGAACAUAUUCAAGCACUGCCUUGAACAGAGUAGGACCAAAGUAUUUAUUACCACACUAAAGUUAUAUUGACAAACUAUAGUUUUCACCAGUGACUCGGCUAUAUCUUGUAAUUCAGACAUACUGCUAGUAUUUUAGGUUUCAUUUUUUGGGUGUUGGCUGCCAUGUAAUAUUUGAGAGAACUCUUCCUGUAGUAGACCCCACUUGUUUCCGCAAUCAUUACGUUGUAUCUUCCAGAGUUGGUUGUUCUGUUGCUAUAGAGUAUGCCAAGAUGCAGUACCCUUUUUGAAAAAUAUCGUAUGGUGACUAAGUAACGAAAAACAAGCUGUGCCACGUGAAGAAUCUGUUUAUAUAUAAAAAAAAAAAUACAUUAAAGUCUCUAAAAUAUCAGAAAUGUUUUUUUCUUACAUGCAUGCUGUCGCUUGUACAUCUUGAUACCAUUGUGUGAUACAUUCUCCUGAAUCCGAUUUAAGGGGUCUUCUCAAUCUACAAAACUUGCUGGAUCUUUUACUCUUGAUAUUCCUUAAACCCCCAGCACUUGAGUUUACAAACUGAGUCCAUUUCAAAUGUACCUGGUCUUCUGAGGAAACUUAAUAAUAUUCCUUACUCUAUUGGAUUUUACAACAGUCUUUUCUCUGUGUGCGCACAGCUGGAGCAGGAGUAACCUUCAGCUAGAACAGGAGACCUCUUGAGGCUAAAUUGCUUUUACUGUAGCCCAUCAGCAAGCUUUAGACUCUUUUCUGGCAGUCUUCAGACAUCAACCAACAUAUAUGCUGCAUUCUGUACUAUGUUGAUGAGCUCCAUUGUCAAUGACGGGAAAUGUAACUUAAGCUUCUCUUCUGCAGGUUGAGGCCAGUUAUGUUUGCAGCAGAAUGCUUGAAUGACUAUGUAGAACACCUUCCAGCUGGUUAGAAGAUGUAUAUAUUCAUGAAGGUCAACUUCAAAAACUUUGGAUUCAUCAUUACUUUACACAGACUAUUCACAACAUGUGCGAUCCACCAUCAGAAAUAUUUAUAAAUAGUUCUGUACAUUAAAGAGGAUCCCAGUUACUACACAGGAUAGGGGAUAAUAAUUAUCUGUGGGGGUCCGACUGCUGGGACUCUUUGUCCCUUUCCAGUGUCCUGAUGUAGCUCUAUUCAUUCUGUAUGGGACGGCUGUAGAUAAUCAAGCACUAUACUCUGCUGUAAUCUCUGGCAGUUCCAUACAAAAAGAAUGGCGCGCCAGUGCACAUGCUAGACUGUCGCUUCAUUAGGAAGGGGGAAUGGGUCCUCCAGUCUUGGGAUCUGUCGGAGUCCCAUUAGGUGGACCACCACUGAUCAGUUAGUUAUCCCCUAGUCAGUGUGUGUGGGGGUAACUUGUAGCAACCAGAAUGUACUGUGAUUAAACCAAAUGUUCAUUUAAUCAGGCAGAAAAAGCUUUUUUGACCCAACCAAGGUUUGUUUUUUUACUCUUACGACAAGACGUUCAACAUGUACCCACUUGUACCAAGCACUGUCCAUCGGGGUUUGAUCUGAAUGUAAAGGCUUUAUCAUCGGUUCCACAAUUUUUCCAUAAAGUCUGUACAAAAUGAGUAUUUUUGUGCUCUGUGUCGCUGUAAUGUCUGGCUACAUGUAAAUAUGUAAAGUUUUUUUUGUUUCAAAAACUCAACAUUGAAUUUUAAUAUUGAGAAAUGAAUCCAUUGUAUAAGAAGAGAUUGGAAAUAAAGUCUGAAUGCUUCAUAAGUUUA